UACUCAAAACGAGCAGCCGACAUUGAAAACAGCUCCGGAGGCCGGAGUAUUCACCCGCUGUGUUAGAGCAACGGAUGUCCCUUUGUGCACAUCCUCGGCACGGUUAGAUGGCCCGGUAAGCCUCGGUUGGUCUUGUGGUUUACGGGGAGAGUGGAGGGGAAAAGUGGAUUAGAACCGGAUCGAGUCGUGAGGGUGAAGAGAGGCAGGAGAAAAUGCGGCGGACAGUGGUGUGCAGGGUGGCGGAGCUGCUCUCGGGCCGCGGCGCUGGCGCUGUGAGGAUGACCGGCCUCUGGCUGCUUCCAUCGUCCCCGGAAAACAGCGUUCACCCGAGAUACCGCUCUACGUCCUCGAUGAUGUCCUCGACCCACUCCGAGCUGGCUAGAGAGAGAUCGAAAACCGUCACCUCUUUCUACAACCAGUCGGCGAUCGACGUGUCUGCGGAAAAGCCUUCGGUCAGACUCACACCCGGCACCUUACUCUAUGCAGGCAAGUCUCCGGACGGAAAUCAUAUCUUGAGCAGUGCAAAAUACCUGCAUAAAGAGCUGCCAGUGCGCAUCGCUCACCGCAUUAAAGGUUUCCGAAGCCUGCCCUUUAUUAUCGGUUGUAACCCCACCAUCCUGCAGGUGCACGAGCUUUAUAUCCGGGCCUAUCACAUGCUGAGCGAUUUUCCAGCAAUUAAAGACCAAGACACAGAAGCCCGCUACAGCAAGCUCGUUACACAGCUCCUCGACGAUCAUAAAGACGUGGUCACCCUGCUCGCGGAGGGAUUCCGGGAGUGUCGCAAACACAUUCAAGAUGAAACGCUGGUUCGUAAUUUCCUUGACACGACGCUGACGUCUCGGCUGGGCAUCCGCAUGCUGGCCACACAUCAUCUCGCCCUGCAUGAAGAAAAUCCUGACUAUGUGGGCAUUGUAUGCAGACGUCUGUCUCCCAAAAAGAUCAUAGAGAAGUGGGUGGACUUCGCAAGGCGCCUGUGUGAGCACCAGUACGGGAAUUCUCCACGUGUUCGCAUCAACGGUCACGUGGCUGCCCGCUUCCCGUUCAUCCCUCUUCCUUUGGAUUACAUUCUUCCUGAGCUUCUGAAGAAUGCCAUGAGGGCCACAAUGGAGAGCCACUUGGACACUCCUUACAAUGUUCCAGACGUGGUAGUUACCAUUGCGAACAACGAUACUGACUUUGUCAUCAGGAUUUCUGAUCGAGGUGGCGGCAUCCCCCACAGCAUCAUGGAAAAAGUGAUGGACUACCAUUUCAGCACGGCCGAGCAGAGCACGCAGGACCCGCGCAUGAGCAACCUCUUCAACACCAUGACAAACAGCGGCCCUCAGUCCGGCCCCAUGCACGGGUUUGGUUUUGGUCUGCCCACCUCGAGGGCGUACGCCGAGUAUCUGGGGGGCUCACUCUCUAUCCAGUCAAUGCAGGGAAUCGGCACUGACGUUUACCUGCGCCUGCGUCACAUCGACGGGAAAGGCGAGAGCUUCAGAGUGUAACCCAGCGGCCAUGUGUGCCAAUCACGAUGAGCAUUCGAUUUUCACCAAGGCCUGGAAGCUUCACUCGUUUACGUGUUUGGACAUUGCUUCCUGUCUUUUUCCCUUUUUCAUUUCACUUGUUUGUUUUUUUGUUUUUUUUGAUGCAUGAACGUGUCUGAAGAAAAGGAAGGAAAAAAAAGCCUUGUGUUUUUAGAGAAUAUUUACAGAGUGGCUAAAGGGAAAACUGACAAAGCUCUUUAAGGAAGAUGCCUUAGGAUCAUGCAGAAGCUUUUAAAGGGCUCUUUUUUGAUGAUUGGUGCCGAGUUAAAUCAUAGCGGUUUUGAGUGAACAUGCUCUUGGCAUAGACGAGGAACAUCCUGUACUAACAACUUCGCAGAAACGACGCAUCCAGGACCGGUCCCAUCAUUUGUGCUUUGUUCACAUCAUAAAAAAAAAUCCUAAAACAAGAUUUUAUUAAGGUUUUCUGUGCAAAGCGGAAAUAAAAAAAAUAUCAGGGUCUUUUUUUUUUUUUUUUUUUUUUUUUUGGUCUUGCUUGUCAAUCGUUUCAGGAUAUAGAUUAUUAAAGGUAUAUUGAAGUAACAUUUAUUCAUACUUGAAUGUUAUUCUUUAGCUGUUCUCCUGUAUAUGUGGCCUGGUUCAACUCACAUUCCAGUAGUGAUCAAUCGUGAAUAUAGGACGUUUCUGAGUUUAAUCACAGCAGGCUUCUCGCUGUAUUAACACCACUGGAAAUGAUUAGUAUAUGACAGCUUUGUAUCUGAGAAAUUGCCAGAGGUUAAAAAAGAAAAAGGAAAAAAAAAAAAUCUGAACGUGUAUUGAUGGACUGGAGUUGUUUUUGUUGUCCGAGUGCGCCCUCUAUAGGGUGAAGAGAAGUAUUAACUUGUGCUCUAUCAAAGCGCUAUACACAUGACAUUUGUGUUAAGAUGUGCAAAUGAUGGCAUGAGAUGUCCAGACUGAUGUCAAGGAUGGGAUCAUAUAUUUGUUGUUGUGGUUUUAUUUUGUUUGUUUGUUUUUUUUCCAUUAUAGAUGCCAAAUCUACAUAGUUCCUUGGGCAUUAUAAAAAAUCCUGAUUGCGCAAA